AUGUACAUCUGCAUAGCCAUGCGAUUUUUUAUAAUUGCCCUUUUCGCAUACCGCAUUGUUUGUGUGCAAUGCAGUAUACACGAGGUUGAUGUGGCUAUCAUCGGUGGUGGGCUAGCGGGACUCUCGGUAGCAAAAGACCUGACCACGGCCAACAAGUCAUUUGCUAUUCUUGAGGCCCGCAGUCGGGUUGGGGGGCGGCUCUUAAACGCCAAUUUCCCGGGGAAGGGCGCCGAAGAGCUCGGCGGCGAGUAUGUGGGGCCAACACAAGACCGCGUGCUGGCUCUGAUAUCAGAGCUUGGAUUGAAGACUUACAAGACUUUCACGGCGGGGGACUCGAUGUAUUAUCGGAAUGGAACUUUACAACGCUACAUAGAUCGUUUUGGAGGCAUACCUCCAGUGGGUAUUGGUUCACUCAUUGAGCUUGCAGGAUUCAUGAACGAAAUCAAUACGUUGGCCAGCACGAUUAACUUGGAAGAGCCAUGGAAUAGCCCAAAUGCCACCAUUUUGGACUCUAUGACUCUCGAAACAUUCAUCAAUUCUCGCAUUUUUACCACUGAGUCUCGCAUGCUUCUUGGGAUUGUGGUUCCGGGAAUCCUAUCCGUCGAGGCGAGGGAACCGUCUCUACUAUAUGCACUCUGGGGAAUCGCUGGAUCAGGAAAUGCUACAACACCUGGAUCCAUUGGCCGUCUCAUUGCUACUGACGAAGGCGCGCAAGACAGUCGAGUGAUCGGUGGCAGUCAGAUGCUCGCAAUCAAACUGGCUGAAAACUUGGGGCGGGAAAACAUAUUUUUCAAUGCACCCGUCCGCAAAGUGAAGCUUGAGCAUGCCCGAUACAUCGUCACUUCCCCAACACUCAACAUCUCUGCGAAACAUGUAGUCGUUGCGAUUUCGCCCCCCUUGGCGAGCCGGAUUGUGUUUGAUCCACCAUUACCAGCCGGACGAGCUCAAUUGAAUCAGCGCAUGCCGAUAGGGGCGAUCGGGAAAGCGAUUGCUAUCUUUCCAAGACCUUGGUGGCGAGGGCAAGGCCUCAACGGAGCCGGUAUAAGCGACACAGGCGCAAUCCGUGUGACCUACGACAAUUCACCACCUAAUGUGUCUUUUGGCGCAUUAAUGGGAUUCAUUGAGGCAGAUGAGAUGCGCAAAUUGGACAGCGCCAGCGAUGACGAGAUCAAGCUCCAAGCUAAACAAUCAUUUGUCAAUCUUUUCGGAUCACAGGUGGACACAGCCACUGAAAUACUCAUUCAUCGGUGGGACACGGAUCAAUUUUCCAGGGGAGGUCCAGCGGCUUUUAUGCCUCCUGGUGUUUUGACCCAGUAUGGACCCUUCCUGCGGGCCCCAGUGGGAAAAAUCCAUUUCGCUGGCACGGAAACUGCUGUCCGAUGGGUCGGAUACAUGGAUGGAGCUAUCAGCUCAGGGGAACGGGCUGCUGCAGAGAUUCUGGACAAUUUUUGA